GCCACCCGCCAAAACAAGAAGAAGAAGAGCAGUCUCAGCACUGAUAGCACCAACUCAGUGUAGCUCACAAACAAUUAAUCUCAGUUUAGCUAUCGUAUACUCCACACAGUUCUGAGGAAAUCUCGUCUAAAGCUGUCUCGAGUUCCGGCUGAAUGGCUGAAGCGUCCGUUAUAGAUGCAUCGAAGUUGAAUCCCGAGUCUGCGGAGUUUGUACCCCAAGCUAAACCCAACCAGCCCCCCUUUAGGAGAAAUUACAGGCAGCAGCACCACGGUCAGGACUGGAGGGCUCAACAUGUUAGGCCUCAUCACCACUUUAGACAGUCCAGUGCGAGUCAAGAUGAGUUUGAAAACCCUGCCAAUAAUACAUUAGCUCCUGCUCAGCUUCCCAUUAGAGAAGACUUGAGAGGUAGGGGUCGAGGAGGGAGACAAAGAGGAGGACGUGGUGAUGGUCGGCGCAGUAAUGACCAUUGCCCUCCGUACGAGAGAUGCAAGAAACCUGGAAGUGAUAAUGACUGCUCAGGAAGAGGCCGUGGAGCUUGUGGCCGUGAGCGACCUAACUCGCCCACUUCUUAUAGAUCCACAGAUGAGGAGAAGAAAGAAAGAACAACUGUGGAAGCCCAUGUGAGAAAGUCUUAUAAUGACAGCCGACGCAAGCAGCCCAAUAGAGCACAAGCUGAGAGAUGGAUAAAGGAGCCUCUUCCCAGGGACCGAGAGGAGAACCGGGAAAACCAGACUGAUGCAGGAGACACAAGGCCUUCAGCAGUUCACGAACAUCCAGAGCCUGAGCAGAAGAAUCAUAAGGGAUGGAGAGGUGGAGAGCGGUGCAUGCACCCCAAUUCCCGGAGGAAAGGACAGGCACCUAACCAUGGGAUUGAGGGUAACUGGAGAGAAAGAGAACCUGCUCAGAACAUCAGGGAGGAGAGGAGAGGUGCAGAAGAUGAGGGUGGAAGACAGGAGGAGUCUAACAGGAACAGACGAGGUGCGAAAGGGGAGGAGGGGAGAGGUGCAGAAGGUGAGGGCAGAAGACAAGAGGAAUCCAACAGAAACAGAGGAGCUGUGAGAGGGGAGGAGAGGAGAGGUGCAGAAGAUGAGGGAGGAAGACAGGAGGAGUUCAACAGGAACAGACGAGCUGCGAAAGGGGAGGAGAGGAGAGGUGCAGAAGAUGAGGGAGGAAGACAGGAGGAGUUCAACAGGAACAGACGAGCUGCGAAAGGGGAGGAAAGAAGAGGUGCAGAAGAUGAGGGAGGAAGACAGGAGGAGUUCAACAGGAACAGACGAGGUGCGAAAGGGGAGGAAAGAAGAGGUGCAGAAGAUGAGGGAGGAAGACAGGAGGAGUUCAACAGGAACAGACGAGGUGCGAAAGGGGAGGAGAGAAGAGGUGCAGAAGAUGAGGGAGGAAGACAGGAGGAGUCUAACAGGAACAGACGAGGUGCGAAAGGGGAGGAGAGAAGAGGUGGAGAAGAUGAGGGAGGAAGACAGGAGGAGUUCAACAGGAACAGACGAGCUGCGAAAGGGGAGGAGAGAAGAGGUGCAGAAGAUGAGGGAAGAAGACAGGAGGAGUCUAACAGGAACAGACGAGGUGCGAAAGGGGAGGAGAGGAGAGGUGCAGAAGAUGAGGGAGGAAGACAGGAGGAGUUCAACAGGAACAGACGAGGUGCGAAAGGGGAGGAGAGGAGAGGUGCAGAAGGUGAGGGCAGAAGACAUGAGGAAUCCAACAGAAACAGAGGAGGUGCGAGAGGGGAGGAGAGGAGAGGUGCAGAAGAUGAGGGUGGAAGACAUGAGGAGUCCAACAGAAACAGAGGAGGUGCGAGAGGGGAGGAGAGGAGAGGUGCAGAAGAUGAGGGAGGAAGACAGGAGGAGUUCAACCGAAACAGAGGAGGUGCGAGAGGGGAGGUCAGAAGACAUGAUGAGUCCAGCAUGAACAGAGGAGCUGUGAGAGGGAAAAGGCCACUUCUGCAGAAUGCAGGGUUGGGGAGAGGUGGGGGUCCUGAGCGACGGACCGGACCGGUGAAGCGCAUUGAGCCUCCCAAAAGCAAAGAAACCCAGACAGGUUGUCUGAUUGAGCAGCUGACGGAGGAGAAGUAUGAGUGUAUGGUCUGUUGUGAAGUGAUUCGGCUCAUGGCUCCAGUUUGGAGCUGUCAGAGCUGUUACCACGUAUUUCACCUUAACUGCAUCAAGAAAUGGGCUCGCUCACCUGCAUCUCAAGCUGAUGAUGCCCCUGAAGGAUGGCGUUGUCCUGCAUGCCAGAAUGUGGCACUUAAAGCCCCAAAUGCGUAUACCUGCUUCUGUGGGAAGGUGACCAAUCCUGAGUUUCAGCGCACUGAGAUCCCUCAUAGCUGUGGGGAUAUGUGUGGGAAAAAGAGGAGUGGAGGGGAAUGCAAUCACCCCUGUAAUAUCUUGUGCCAUCCUGGGCCCUGCCCGCAGUGUCCAGCUUUUAUCACAAAGUCCUGCAUUUGUGGUAGAAUGAGUAAGCAGGUUCGUUGCAGUCAGGCUGGACCUCUGCUUUGUGAGGAAGUCUGUGGGGCUCUUCUGAACUGCUCAAAGCACUUCUGUGCCCAGGUGUGCCACUCAGGGCCAUGCCAACCCUGCCCACUUCGUGUUCAGCAAGCUUGCUUUUGUGGUGUGGUGUUCAGGGAGGUGGCAUGUGGGACUGAUUGUGGCCAUUUUGAUGGAUCAGGAUAUUUCUCCUGUUGCAAAACCUGUGGAAAGAUGCUAGACUGCCAGUCCCAUCGCUGUCAGCAGUUAUGCCACCCUGGGCAGUGUCCGUCAUGUCCACUCAGCCCCAAGCUGGUGCGCAGCUGUUCGUGUGGACAGACUCCAUUAUCUAAACUUCUAGAGCUCGGCUACCCAGAGAGAAAGACCUGUACUGACCCGAUCCCCUCCUGUGGCAAGACCUGCAACAAACCACUGCCAUGUGGAGAUGAUGAUUCUGUCCACUUGUGUGAAAAGCUCUGCCACGAGGACAGCUGUGGGCCGUGCUCUUUGACCUCCUCUAUUAAAUGCAGAUGUGGCAGCAACAGCAAGGAAGUUCCUUGUGCAGCCAUUCAGACUGAACAAGACAUGAUGUUUACGUGUGAGAAACGCUGCAUCAGGAAGCGCUCCUGCGGCAGACACAAGUGUGGAGAGAUGUGUUGUGUGGAUCUGGAGCAUAAGUGCUCAAUGAUUUGUGGUUACAAGCUCAAUUGCGGUCUACAUCGAUGUCAGGACCUUUGCCACCGUGGGAACUGCCAGCCUUGUUGGCAAACCAGUUUUGAUGAGUUGGCGUGCUACUGUGGGGAGACUGUGCUCUUCCCGCCCAUCCCUUGUGGAACCAGACCCCCUGAAUGUAAAAACUUAUGUACCCGAAGUCAUGAUUGUGAUCAUCCAGUGUUCCAUUCAUGCCACACUGAGGAGAGAUGUCCACCCUGUACCUACCUCACCAAGAAGUGGUGCAUGGGUAAUCAUGAGCAAAGGAGUAAUAUCCCAUGCCACCUGCAGGACAUCUCGUGUGGUUUAGCGUGUGAUAAGCUCUUACCCUGCGGUUCGCAUCGCUGUAAGAAAAUAUGUCACCGUGGUGAAUGCCAGGCAGAGGGAGAGUGUAAGCAGCCAUGCACUCACCCUAGAACAACCUGUGGACACCCCUGUGCUGCUCCCUGCCACCCAGGCACCCCCUGUCCACCCACUGUCUGCAGUGCCAAGGUGGCACUGAAGUGUGACUGUGGCCGAAGGAAAGAGACCAUUCCUUGCACUGAUGCAGCUAGUUCCUAUCAAAGAUAUGCAGCUAUUUCCGUUGCCAGUAAGCUGUCAGAUAUGCAGCUGGGAGAGUCCGUAGACAUUGGACAGCUCACGAAGAAAGAGCAGAGAAAUGCCAGGUUGGAGUGUGAUCAAGAAUGUGCUACACUAGAGAGGAACAGGCGGCUGGCCGAGGCCCUGCAGAUUGAUCAGGCGGUGGAUACCUUCAAGUCAGCGUCUUCCAAAUAUAGUGACUCUCUCAAAGAAGAUGCAAGGAAAGAUUUCAAGUUUGUCAGUGAAAUUGAGGAGGAGAUUAAGAAUUUAGUUGAACUGGCUAACAAGGGUAAACAGACUAAGAGGAGUCACUGUUUUCCACCUAUGAAGCGUGAACACAGGAGAAUAAUCCAUGAGCUAGCGGAGGCUUAUGGUGUGGAAAGCGUCAGCUAUGAUAGUGAACCCAAGCGCAAUGUAGUGAUCACUGCCAUCAGGGGGAAAGCAGUGUGUCCUAACACUAGUCUGGCUGCUUUGGUUGAAAGGGAAACUGUCUCCAGAGCCCCCCCUCCCAUUGCCCACAUCAAACAGCAAACCAGCAAGGCCGACAACAGUAAUGCAUGGAAGAAACAAUCUAGAGAGGAUCUCUCCAUUGAUUAUUUUGAUGUGCAGGAUUGACAUGAAAUUUUGAACAUUCAAUGUAUUAAUCGCACAAAAUAAAGCUGUCCAAAAACUUCUUUUAA